UUACCUAUUAGGAUCAUAAAAUGUGGAAUUUGUAAUGUUUUAUUGUAUUUCGUAGUGUAAAUGGUUAUGGACUUCAAGCUUAUAGCAGCAGGGUUGCGUCAUUGUGGGAAGCUACAAGCUUUUCAGCGUGGUGAAUCGAUUCAAGCUCAUAUAAUGAAACAAGGGAUCUCUCAGAAUGUGUUUCUUGCAAAUAACGUAAUCUCAAUGUACAUUGAUUUUAGGUAUUUGGGUGAUGCACAUAAAGUGUUCGAUGAAAUGACUGAGAGAAAUAUUGUUACUUGGACAACGAUGGUUUCUGGGUAUACUUGUGAUGGGCACCCUAGUAAGGCUAUUGAAUUGUACAGAAGUAUGUUGGAAUCUGAAGAAGAAGAAAGGCCUAACGAGUUUAUGUAUUCCGCGGUUUUGAAAGCGUGUGGGUUAGUGGGUGAUCUUCAGUUGGGUCGUUUGAUUCAUGAAAGAAUUGGUAAAGAGAAUCUGAAUGGUGAUGUUGUUUUGAUGAAUGCUGUUGUAGAUAUGUAUGUUAAGAAUGGGAGACUUAGUGAAGCUAAUAACGCGUUUAAGGAGAUUUCAAGGCCUAAUUCAACUUCGUGGAACACUCUUAUUUCUGGUUAUUGUAAAGCAGGUUUGAUUGAUGAAGCGGUUUGUUUGUUUCAUAGAAUCCCGUGGCCAAAUGUUGUGUCUUGGAACUGUUUGAUCUCGGGGUUUGUUGAUAAGGGUAGUCCUCGUGCGUUGGAGUUUCUAGUUAGGAUGCAGAGAGAAGGACUUGAGUUAGAUGGUUUUGCUUUACCAUGUGGCCUUAAAGCUUGCAGUUUUGGAGGCUUAUUAAAAAUGGGUAAACAGCUGCACUGCUGUGUCGUAAAGUCAGGUCUGGAGUCUAGCCCGUUUGCGCGCUCUGCUCUUAUAGAUAUGUAUGCGAACUGCGGUUUUCUAAUUGAUGCAGCUGAUGUUUUUCAUCAAGAUAAACAGGCCAUCCGUAAUAGUGUUGCGGUUUGGAAUUCAAUGCUCUCGGGAUUUUUGAUUAACGAGGAGUAUGAAUCGGCAUUAACGCUGCUUUUGCAGAUGUAUCAGUCAGAUUUGUGUUUUGACUCCUACACUCUAAGUGGUGCCUUAAAGAUCUUUUUCAACUUAGCAAACUUGAGACUUGGGUGUCAGGUACAUGGUUUUGUUGUAACCAGUGGUUAUGAGUUUGAUUGCAUCAUAGGAAGCAUUCUUGUUGAUUUACAUGCAAACAUUGGGGAUAUACAAGAUGCAUAUAAACUGUUUCAUAGACUUCCAAAUAAAGAUAUCGUCGCUUUCUCUGGCCUGAUACGAGGUUGUGUGAAAGCAGGGUUCAAUUCUUUAGCAUUUUAUCUGUUCAAGGAAUUAAUCAAGUUGGGACUCGAUGCCGACCAGUUCACCAUCUCAAGUAUUCUCAAAGUUUGUUCGAGUUUAGCGGCUCUUGGAUGGGGCAAGCAAAUUCACGGGUUGUGUGUAAAGAAAGGUUAUGAAUCAGAACAUGUCACAGUGACAGCUCUAGUAGAUAUGUAUGUAAAAUGUGGUGAGAUAGACAAUGGUGUAGUGUUAUUUGAUGGUAUGUUGGAACGAGAUGUUGUCUCUUGGACAGGGAUAAUUGUUGGAUUCGGACAAAACGGACAAGUAAACAAAGCGAUUCAAUAUUUUCACAAGAUGAUCAAUUCGGGAGUUGUACCAAAUGAGGUAACUUUUCUCGGGCUUCUUUCUGCUUGCCGUCAUUCUGGACUUCUUGACGAAGCAAGAUCCAUCCUCGAAACGAUGAAAUCUGAAUAUGGUCUUGAACCGUAUCUAGAGCAUUAUUAUUGUGUAGUUGAUCUUCUUGGUCAAGCUGGGCGAUUCGAAGAGGCAGAAGAAUUGAUAAACAAAAUGCCAUUGGAUCCCGAUAAAACGAUAUGGAUGUCUCUGCUCACUGCUUGCGGAACUCACAAGAAUGCUAGACUUGCUACCGUAAUUGCUGAGAAAUUGGUCAAGGCUUUUCCUGAAGAUCCUUCUGUUUAUACAUCUCUUUCAAAUGUUUAUGCUACGUUGGGCAUGUGGGAUCAUUUAAGUGAAGUGAGAGAAGUGGCUAAGAAGUUUGGGGCUAAAGAAUCUGGAAUGAGUUGGAUUGAGAUUGCCUGAAGCAAAAUGUAAAUUGUUGGAGCAACUAGUAGGAUCAUCUACGCACUCAACUGCAGCGCCAAAGACAGUUCAAAAACUCGCGACAUAGGCGACGACCUGGCUGGAUCGGCUGCGGCAUAUCAGGCUUCAUGACCGAGUUUGAUACCACCGGAUGUUAUAUUUUCACGACAAUCCAUUGCGUCAUCCGCAACGUGAUCCUCUCUACUGCAAAUACAUAUGAAAAGCUACUUACUUAGGCCUCAUGUCUCCAUGGCUUUGCUCGAAGUUUAAUAUUCUUGAAAGCUUCUGAACACAUCCCCUUGUUUUAUUUUCAUUUCUGAGCUCUUAUAAACAAUGCUGGUUUUGAUUAAUUACAGUAAUCAAAUGCUGGUUUUGUUUA